CCCUCCCCCUCUGCAGCAGCUGAUUGGCCCGCGGAGUCUCCGCGUUCGAUUUGGCUAAGUUGGCUCGGCUCUUCGCUGGAAGGCUGCGACCGAGGAUUGGCUGUUGAAGGGGCUCGGAGCACUUUCUCUAAGGAACUGUGGCUGUGAUCCAGGUGGCCCGGCCAGGCUCCCGGCUGCGUUCCGCCCGCUUCGGGCAGCCAAGGCAACCAGAGCACCUGUGAUGGGGACUCCGGCUUCUGUGGUGAGUGAGCCACCUCUGUGGCAGGUUUCAAAACCUCCGACCCGGGGCCGCAAGCAGGCCUCUGCCAACAUUUUCCAGGAUGCUGAGUUGGUGCAGAUCCAGGGCCUGUUCCAGCGCAGUGGGGACCAGCUGGCUGAAGAGCGGGCCCAGAUCAUCUGGGAAUGUGCAGGGGAUCACCGUGUAGCUGAGGCACUGAGGAGGCUGCGCAGGAAAAGGCCGCCGAGACAGAACCACUGCAGCCGGCUCAGAGUGCCGGAGCCUGGUUCUACAGCGGCCGACCCACAGACCAGCACCACUGACUCGGCCUCCAGUGAGCAGUUCGGGAACUCCCGGAGGACAAGUGCUAGAGCCCACCGGAACUGGAAUAAGCCAGGCCCCACAGGCUACCUCCACCAGAUCAGACACUGACCUAUGAAGGGUGGGGACGUCCUCCCCAAAUAUUGCAGGGACUUUUGUCAAAGGGCUUAUGGAGUUGUAAAAAGGACAUCCGAGCAGGCCCUGUCUGGGUAAAGAAAGUGGUAAUAAGAAUGCCCUCAGUUCAGCUCAGAACCAGCAUCUGCUGGGCUCUGCACUUGUGGGACCCAUUCUUACCAAGUGAGGCAAUACCGAGGUUGCUCAUGUGUCAGCCUUUCUGACCUAACAGUGUAACCCAGCUGCAUGGCGUUCCCCUGGAAUAAAAGUAAUACACACUCAAAUGCAGCAUCUCACCGUUUCUGCCACUGACAGUCACUGUCACCACCCAGCAGCCACGGUCUCUCAGUCUUGUGCCACAGGCCAGUGCAAAGGGGGAAACUUGUUUAAGUGGAAAAUAAAAACAUUUGCAUCGA